AAGAUCAAUAUUCCCAAAUAAAGUCCAAAAAAAUGCCCAAUCUGGAACAACAUCUUCAGUCAACCAGUGCAAAUUUUAUAAAUAUUAAUGCGCAUCGGAAAUUAUACACAAAUCAUUAUGGAAAGUUACGAGAUACGCUCUAUUCCACGUUGCAACAGGAGAAUCCACUAGGAAAAUGGUUAUGCGGACAUAAAUUAGGAGGAAGUUAUGCGGAUAAACUGAAAGUAACGAAACCCGAUGAAUUUGAUUUGGUAAUUCAUUUAAAGUUUCCAGAGAAUGACAGGAUUGUUGUGAGGAGAGACUGUGCUAAACCGGAGGAUAAGCUGCAGGAUAUGAUAAAAGGCACUGUAACACGGGCUUUAAAUAAAAUGGAAAACAAAAUUGAGGUUGAUGGAAAAACUGCAAAACUGGUGUAUAAGAGAUGUGGACCGGCACAUACAAUAUUUAUUAACGAAUCCGAUAUGAAGUACUCUGUGGAUUUUGUGCCUGCCAUUAAGCUGAAUGUAAAGCAAAUUGUGUUGGGUCAACAAAAACUCAAGUACUUCAAGAACAUUAUGUAUUGGAGUGCGAUUCCAAAACCCUUGAAGCCAUUCGAGCCAAACAAUGUGUCAUUUAGGGCAUCGUACUAUGAAGCCGAAUAUGCCAUGAUAAAGGACAAAUAUAAGCUAAAGGAUGUUAUUAAAUUUAUGAAGAAGUUCCGCGACUCAAAACAAAAUAUCAGCACCUUAAAGAGCUAUUAUAUCAAAACCUUAUUGAUAUGGCAAAUAGAUGCCAGGCCAACGACCUAUUGGAAAACCCAACAGCUAAACAAAAUAUUGAUCGAUAUGUUCAGAGAGUUGGCGAAUUGUUUGGUAGUGUCUGGAAAAAAUGGUAAGCUUCCAUUAUUCUGGGAUCCCCAUCUGGAUUUAUUUGCUGCAUUAACACGAAACCAACGCAACGAUAUGUUGAAUUGUGUAACUGCUGAGAUUGAUACGCUUUGCCUAGCGGCUAGGAGUCUAACAGAUGACAUCAGUCAAGCUGUAACACUGGCGUUCAGUAAUCGGCAGGAACGUUUAAUAAAGAACGAAGAGCAGAGUAUGCACGCAAUUAAAUUAAAUCCAAAAGCAGAACUGAUGUCGCCACCAGUACCAUCCGAAAAUCAAGCUAAAUCUCAACCGGAAAAGGAGUAGCUUGAUUUUUCUUCGCUUUGUCCAGUUGUCAACUACCAGUGAUCCUUAUCUUACAACUAGUAUUUUAUCAUGCCCCAUCCACCUACAAAUGUAAUGAUUAAACAGGUGAAUAAUAUUGAAUGUUAAUUAUUAAGUUAGAAAAACACAAUCAAUUAUAGCCCGUGAAAAGGAAUUUUAUGAUAAACAAACAAAUUUUACAGUGAAAAUAGAUAAAUAAAGUUUAU